GAUGUACUUGCAAGUUCAUCAAUUAUUAAUAGUCAAGUACCAUCUACCCCAUCGCAAAAUAUUACUGAAGGAAAUCUGUCUGAUGUAUUUAUGAAUUAUCAGCAUAUAUAUGAAACAGAAAAUGAUAUCUGGCAAUAUCCAUAUGCCCUAAUUGAAAGUGUCAAUACAAAUAGCUUAAGUGCAAACUUUAUAGAACAAUCUAAUGAUUCACUUCCUAUCACUACGAGUGAUACUGACUUUCUGCGUAGUAAUAACCAAGAUGAAUCAACUGAAGAAUCGCAUAAAAGUGAUUCUGAAAUUAAGAAUCAAAAUGAAAGUAAUGAGGCUGAUAAAUGUAGUAAUCCGUUUGAAAUAUUGUCACAACUUGAAGCCUAUAAAAAUGGAGACACUCAAGAUAAUAAG